AUGUUCAAACAACCAGACCUCAAACGUCACCCCACCAGGCGUUCUUCACCCGUACCUCCAGGACCAAAGCCAACCAACGUCCUCAACGACGAUGACCCCGCCGAUCAAGACUAUACUAGCUCGAGUACCCUCAGCGGGGUCAGCGACACAAGUCACCACUCCGAGUACUUGCUUUCCCGCAAUAAACCAGCGCCCCGCGCGCCACCGUCACCCCCGGCACAGCCGGUCGUCAUCGAGAUCAGCGACGAUGAAGAUACGGCAGAUCUGCCUAAGUCGCUGAAGCAAGCGGAGACAGAGACCCCGAAUACGAAAGCUCAUCUUGAGUAUUUAACUGCAAAAUGGGGCCCUUUAGAUGAGUCCCAGGGACGUCAGGCACCAACUCCACCGAUCCGACACCACGAGUCGGCCUCAACCUCCCAACUCCGCGCCAUGCUUGAACCGAUUGAACCUCCACCAUCGUUUCAUACCAAAUCAUUAGCACUUACCAAGAGGAUUUCUUAUCAUGAACUCCCGAAUUUCAUCCGCCGUCCCACCCUCCCUACUUCGAAUAUCGCUGGCGGUGCGAAUAACCCUCACGGUCCAAAUCUUCCAGGCCCAAAAGCUGCCGGUGGCCUAAGACUCCCUGGUCCACACCGUGCAGGCGGCCUAGUUCAACCUCAUCUUCGCGACCCAAACGCCCCCGGUCCGAAUCGCGCACGUGGGUUAAUUCCACCGCAUCCUGGCGCCCCCAAUCCCGCUGCCUCUAACCGUGCCCGCCCUACAUAUCUCCCGACUCCCCGGCACGCUCUAAUCCCCCGCACCACAAACAGCAUCACCGCCAACGCUCAUGGCCAUGCCCGCGCAACUGUAGCACUCCCCCGCCUCCACUCCUCACCCCAGUUCCGCACGCCUACUACACCUCCGCGCUACGCCACCCCGGCAAUCUUCUACGGCUCGACUCCCAAAGCACCAUCAGUAUCGCCGCUAAGACCACCCGCGAAGCCCCGCAGAAAUACACAGAUAAUUCUCUCCAGUCCGUCCGAACCAGCUGCAAAACCCGCCACACCCCAACCAGCUGCCCAGACAGUUCACUCUAGCCUGCCUUCCUCACCGGAGCUGCCGUCAUACGCUUGGCUGGACAAGACAGGGACCAGCAUUGUACGACUACAUCACGCGAUCAGGGGCGUGCUGGCGCAGGGUGAUGAAGGUGCAAUUAGGACGCUGGCGAGAGAGUUAAAACAUGAUUGGGAAGUGGAUGAGAUGUCGAUCUAUGUGGAGGGGUUUGUGAGGGGGGCGUUGUUUGAUCGCGUUGCUUGA